AUGGAUAAAUACUAUAGUAUUCGUAUAUUCAAUUCAAACUAUAAAAAUUUGGGUUAUGUGACUGCAACUGCUAAUAUUAAAGACAAACACGAUCGUUCAGCACCAUCGGAUUUUCACUGGAAAAUAUUGAAAUGCAGAAUGAUUAUAUUUUCUCACUCAUCUGUUAUAGCUAGUCCUGAUAAAAGUGAUGUUAAAAAAGUUCAUAUUAUAUUUCCCCGUCGCGGCGAAGACUAUGAUCUUUUAAACUCCUUGUUUUUAAGAUUUUCUUUAGUCCAGGAAGGUGAUAUUCGUAACGUGGACAACGAAAUAUACAAGACCUGUUUUUAUUAUACCAUGGGAGCAAAGAUUGCGCCUUUAUGGAAUAUGUUAGGCUACAAUUAUUUUAUAAACAACAGAAAUUUUCUUACUACUUCCGGUCCUCAAGAGGGAAUAAAAUGCAUCCUGACUAUCAAUGCAGACGUUUUAAAUUUGGAGCUUAAACCAGUAAAAAUAAACCUCAUUCGAUCAAAGGAAAAAUUUUUGCCCGGCGAAUGGAUUCGCGUUCUACCCAGUUUAAAUAAAGCCAUUGUGGAGGAAUACUAUGAAAGCGUUCCAAACACUGCAGACUUCAAAAACUAUAAGAAUUUACGUCGCCAUUGGAAAAACAUACAUGGAUAUCGUUUGCCUGAAGAAGAGCGGCCAUGCUAUUCCGUUCGCUUUUGGCGAGGUGACCCUUUGAUAUACCCCGAUGUUUGUCUCCUCAGAGCUUAUCCUAUUAUCACAACUAUGACUAAGUUUUCUGAAAGAUCUGUGCUUGCACAAUUUGUAAAUUGUUUAAAAACGAAGGUGCAGUCUAUACCCGGAGCAUCGAUUAAUUUAAUUAACAACGAUAAUGAAGUAAGUUGUCUUUUAUGUCCCCUUACUAUAUUACUAGCUUUCCACGCGCGGCUUUGA